GUUGUGAGCUGUCUGGAGAGGAGCGUCAGUUCUGCAGCAGUCAGUCAGUAGUCAGGGCAGCAGCGGACAGGUCAGUAGUAUGAGCAGCAGCGGACAGGUCAGUAGUUCAGGUUAUAGCAUGAACAGGCUGCAGGUGCUGUUGACACACAACAUGUCGAGAAGACGCGUCAGGGAGUCGUGGGCCGUCGUGUCCAGAACCAGCCCCACGUGGGACGAGUACUACGCGGUCCGAGCCCGCGACGCGACCGCGUCUGCAGCGACGGAGACCGAGGAGGAGCAUUUUAGUCCAGUGGAAGAGGAGAAGGAUCCUGUGGAUCCAUAUGAUGAAGAACAGGGGUCAUCUACUCCCUACCCAGUGGAUCAGCAUCCACCUUCCAAUGCCUCACUCCCAGCCCGUGCAACAACAUCUGGCGCAUCACUCCACAGAGCUCCGAGGUCAAGGUCUUACAACCCAACCCAGAGGAGGAGCUCUGCUGCAUCACACCCCUACAGAGCACAAAGCUAUCAUGAAUCAAGACGCACGUGUGGCGACGACUGCUGCUUCAACUAUAAUCAAAGAAGUUACAGACGAAGGUACACGUCAGGGAUGUCAGGGAGAUACAGGUCAAGACCGUCACUGGAGCACAUUCCUGUGACUAUCCAGCCUACCAGGUGGUACCAGGUUGUCGGGAGAAGGCAGUGCAGCAACUGCAGAUACCAGGGGAGGCACCAGAUGACAUCUUGGAUGUGCCAGAGCUGCAAGGUGCCCCUGUGUCUGAUGCCAUUCAGAAACUGCUAUGGUAUAUGGCACAGGCAGAGAUGUUGAGCUUUCUAGCAGGAAAGACAGGAAGUUAGUUCUCCCACGAUGGGAUUGAGUUUUUACGAAGUGCAACUUUAAUCAGCCUUGAGGCUUUUCGAGUUAAUCUUUCACUAUCGGACCUGUAGUUAACAUGCACAAUACUUAAUGCUGCAAUGCUGAUUGUUAAUUUAGUGUUAGAACUACCAGUUGUUCCUUAAACAUUUCACAGUUUUGGGUUUGGGGAGGUGAACUGGUUUGAUCCCCAUAUUGUUUGUUAUUUUGUUUGUUGUUCCAAGUUUAGCUUUUUCUGUAAUUCCUUGUUUCAGAUUAAAUUACAGAGAAGUUGUA